GACUAACAAUCCAAACAUAAUAAACACAAACGCCAAACUGGAACGGGAUAGGAAAGCUACAGUUAACAUAAGUUCCUCUACCUCAGCAAGAGUAGAGCGGGGCAGAUCGGCAGUGUUGGAGGCGUCGACGAAGACGCAAGAAGCGGAUAUAAACGCUACGAGCGCCGACAAAAGAAAGAUGAACGGGUUAAGUUUCAGUGAACUUUGUUGUUUGUUUUGCUGCCCUCCGUGUCCAGGACGCAUUGCAUCGAAGCUGGCCUUCUUACCGCCAGAAGCUAGCUACGAUCUGAAACCGGAAGCGGAUAAUACUAACAGCAAGUUUACCCUGACGCUACAUGAUAAGGCCGACUGGCAGUAUACCGAUCGCGAAAAAGAAUGCUUCGAAGUGUUUUACGCACGAUCUGCUCGCGGGAACAGAAUAGCAUGUUUAUUCGUCAAAUGUAGCGCUAACGCACGAUUUACACUGCUCUUUUCCCACGGUAAUGCGGUAGAUCUUGGGCAAAUGACUACGUUUUUCAUCGGAUUAGGUCAACGGAUUAAUUGUAACAUUUUUAGCUACGAUUAUUCCGGCUAUGGUCAAAGCUCCGGAAAACCGACGGAGAAGAAUCUUUACGCAGAUAUCGACGCAGCGUGGCACGCUCUACGAACACGGUAUGGCAUCAGUCCUGAAAAUAUAAUUCUUUACGGACAAAGCAUAGGCACGGUUCCCACGGUAGAUUUGGCCAGUCGCUAUGAGGUUGGUGCCGUCAUUUUGCAUUCCCCUUUGAUGUCAGGUAUGCGAGUAGCCUUUCCAGCUACAAAACGUACGUGGUUUUUCGAUGCAUUUCCCAGCAUUGAUAAAGUGCCGAAAGUAACAUCACCCGUUCUGGUAAUACAUGGUACCGAAGAUGAGGUGAUCGAUUUUUCCCACGGAAUGACCAUUUACGAAAAGUGUCCCCGAGCAGUGGAACCAUUAUGGGUGGAAGGGGCCGGCCACAAUGACGUGGAAAUGUACAGCCAAUAUUUGGAACGGCUAAAACAGUUUGUGUCCGUUGAACUGGUCAACUGACAAAAGCUGAACAAACGCACCAGCGCCAAUAGCAGUGGAAAGCGAACCAAAGGAGAUGGUGACGGCCGAAAGAUGGCAGAAAACGAUGACGAUGAUAAUGAGGAAGACGAAGAAGAGGAUUUAAAUACGGAUGAUGAAAUAUUGAAUGCAUCAAUUACAUUAAGCUCAAACUCUACUAAUGAUGCAUCCGCGAUCGAAAAGCUUCUCUAGCAUCAGGAGCCUGGCGGGGAGAGCGAAUUUAAUUUUGCUUCCUCCGCCCCGAUAGCCCCUAGCGUUAGUCUACCAGUCACUCGUUCCGACGGAGAUGGCA